CACCGACAACUUCCUCUUCGUCCCUUUCUACGACGUGUUGUCCGGUCGCCAAGAUGCAGAAGAAACAAAAGGAACCGAUCCACUCCGUGCAGGUCUUCGGACGCAAGAAAAGCGCGACCGCGGUCGCCUACUGCAAGCGUGGCCGUGGAAAUCUCCGCGUCAACGGUCGGCCGCUGGAGCUGGUGGAGCCCCGCGUGCUGCAAUACAAAUUGCAAGAGCCCAUACUGCUGCUGGGCAAGGAGAAGUUCUCCGGAGUCGACAUCAGAGUGAGGGUGAACGGCGGCGGUCACGUCGCGCAGAUCUACGCUAUUCGGCAGGCCAUUUCGAAAGCUCUCGUGGCUUACUAUCAGAAAUAUGUCGACGAAGCCAGCAAGAAGGAGGUGAAGGACAUCCUCAUCCAGUAUGACCGUACGCUCCUUGUAGCUGACCCAAGGCGGUGCGAGCCAAAGAAGUUUGGCGGUCCAGGCGCCAGAGCGAGAUACCAGAAAUCUUAUCGUUAAUCUCCACAAAAUUUACGUCUUAUAUUCAUAUUGAAUAAAAAAAAAAACUUAAAUCUA